UCGGGUCCCUGGAACCAAACUCGAUGGAGAGGAGGGGGGUCCCCAUGGAUUUAGGGGGGAGGGGAAAGCCAUGAGGGGCACCCCCCAGAACCCCUUUCCCAGGCUCGAGUUCUCCGCUGAAAGAAGCGCAAAGAGAUACUUUCCCUGGGAUCUUAAGUGUGGGUGCUGCUGGCUGGGGUGCCCGUCUGGCUUGGAAAAGAGAGUUGGCAGAGGGAGCGGACUACGUGCCAGGUCAUGGCCCUUCAGCCCGGGCCCUGGCCACAAUGACCUCUUUGCCCUGCCCGCUCGCGGGCCGGGACGCCUCCAAAGCUCUCUUCCCAGACCUUGCUCCCGUCCCGUCGGUAGUGGCUGCCUACCCUCUUGGCCUGUCCCCUACAACCGCAGCCUCCCCCGAUUUGUCUUACUCCAGGCCGUAUGGCCACCUCCUGUCCUGCCCCUACACCGGGCCAGCGAACCCCGGAGACUCCUACCUGCCCUGCCAGCAACCAGCGGCUCUCCCUCAGCCCCUCUGCGGCCCCGCAGAGCACCCUCAGGAACUCGAGGCAGACUCGGAGAAGCCGCAGCUGUCCCCGGAACCCUCAGAGCGGCGCCCGCAGGCCCCGACCAAAAAGCUCCGCAAGCCGAGAACCAUCUACUCCAGUCUGCAGCUGCAGCACCUAAACCAGCGUUUCCAGCACACUCAGUACUUGGCGCUGCCCGAGAGGGCCCAGCUGGCAGCGCAGCUCGGCCUCACGCAGACCCAGGUAAAGAUCUGGUUUCAAAACAAACGCUCUAAGUAUAAGAAGCUCCUGAAGCAGAAUCCUGGGGGGCCAGAAAGAGACUUCCCUGGGAGGACCUUCUCCGUGUCUCCCUGCUCCCCACCCCUCCCCUCCCUCUGGGAUCUACCCAAGGCAGGGACCCUGCCCACCAGUGGCUAUGGCAACAGCUUUGGAGCCUGGUAGCAGCAUCACUCCUCAGAUGUCCUGGCUUCGUCUUGGAUGAUGUGAGUCUGGGGAAGGGCUGAUCAGGCCCCCAGCCCUCCUGCAAAGCCCAGGACCCAGGCCGUCUGCCUGCACCUUCUCUGGGCUGGGAGGAAACCAGCUCCAGAUGGGUUUUCUCUGGAGGACAAGGAGCUAGAGGAGAGAAAGAGAGGAGCCUGUGCCCCUAAAUCAAGGACCUUGGCCAUAACUGUUGUCCCUACCACUACCAAGGACUGGACACCUUCACUCCAGCAGGACAGAGGCUCUGGAGAGAGAGCCAUUGGCUGGAGUUGAGACUGUCCCCAGGACCCUUGGUCUUGCCACUCCCCCCACGACAGCCUGGGUGCAAAACCAGCAAGAAACAUGGAGUAUUUUUUCUUUGUGUGCCUUGGGCCUUGCCCAACCCAUUUGUUAGUGAAAGCAGAAGCGGACCUCAACAGGGGCUACCGUCAGCUCCCACCCACCCAGCAUUUUUUCCCUGAGGUCAACCCAUUACCCCCAUAAUUGACUUAUGUACUUACCAUCCUGGGAGGUAGAAGAGAUGCAGAAAAAUGUAGAGUUCAUGGACCUAUGGGUAAUUUAUGCUCUCCUCCU